GCGGGUUAGCAGCCGGCCCGUUGAGGUCAAAGGAGGCGGGCAGUGCUUCCAAGCCAAGCGCCUGCGCGUACCUAAGCGCUCUGAGCUUAAGACCGAGCGAGCCGCCUGAGCAGCCCCAGCCUGUGACACUACCUGGACUACGCGCCACUACAGCCUUCCCGGCAUGGAGGGCGAAUGCCGGGUGCUUUCCAUCCAGAGCCAUGUUGUCCGCGGCUACGUGGGCAACAGAGCGGCCAUGUUCCCUCUGCAGGUUUUGGGAUUUGAGGUUGAUGCUGUGAACUCUGUGCAGUUUUCAAACCACACAGGCUAUGCCCAUUGGAAGGGGCAGGUGCUGACGUCCCAGGAGCUGCAUGAGCUCUAUGAGGGUCUCAAGGCCAACAGCGUCAAUAAGUAUGACUACGUGCUCACUGGUUACACGAGAGACAAGUCCUUCCUGGCCAUGGUGGUGGACAUUGUGCAGGAGCUGAAGAAACAGAACUCUCGGCUUGUGUAUGUGUGUGACCCUGUGAUGGGCGACAAGUGGAACGGGGAAGGCUCCAUGUAUGUCCCCCAGGACCUCCUUCCCGUGUACAGGGACAAAGUGGUUCCGGUGGCUGACAUCAUCACUCCCAACCAGUUCGAGGCUGAGUUGCUGAGUGGCAGAAAAAUCCACAGCCAGGAAGAAGCAUUCCAGGUGAUGGACUUGCUGCACUGUAUGGGUCCCGACACUGUGGUCAUCACCAGCUCUGACCUGCCGUCCCCACAGGGCAGCGACUACCUGAUGGCGCUGGGCAGCCAGAGGAUGAGGAAGCCUGACGGCUCCACGGUGACCCAGCGCAUCCGGAUGGAGAUGCGCAAGGUGGACGCUGUCUUCGUGGGCACCGGGGACCUCUUUGCUGCCAUGCUUCUGGCAUGGACACACAAACACCCCGAGAAUCUCAAGGUGGCCUGUGAGAAGACAGUGUCCGCCAUGCAGCACGUCCUGCAAAGGACCAUCCGGUGUGCAAAAGCUGAAGCAGGAGAAGGACAGAAGCCCAGUCCGGCUCAGCUGGAGCUGAGGAUGGUCCAGAGCAAAAGGGACAUCGAGGACCCCGAGAUCGUCGUGCAGGCCACGGUGCUGUGAGGGCCAUGCUCGCCCACCCGCCCUGACACACAGCGAGCUGAGGUGUCCGUCUCCAUCCCUGUGAAAAGCUGUAACGUCUGCCUUAGAGCCAUGACUGAAACUUGACAUUGUGUUCCUUCCUGAGAGGCAGGUCUCAGCCAGUCUCUUAUCGUGAAAAUGUGCCAUUGUGCUAUUUUUUUAUAAUAAUGACAAAGCCGUCGUAGAAAUAUGUGAUUCAGACCCAUGGCCCCUUCCCCAAGGCUUUGGGCCUCUGCCUGUCCCCUGUCACCUCACAGGUAUGUGGAAGGUGGGUGGAGGGAGCCAGCCUGCUGCCUCUGGACCCUUCUGUUGGCCACUGGCUGCCGUUGCCCCUGUGCAUACACAAUCCCUGAUUGUGUAUAGAUCCCGCCUGUGUUGGCACUGUGUUUAAAAGCGGGUUAGGUCGUAACCAUUGGCAUUGGAAGAAUUAUGCCAAAUAUCUCCAUUGCCAUUCUGGUCUUUGCCUUGUUCCUGCAUUGGCGUUUCUGUGUCUGUCUCUGCUGCUCUCUGGCUGUCCCAGAAUGUCAGACGUUUGCAGCUGUUGGACUGUGUCCUAUGCCCAGGCUUGGGCAGGCGCACAAGCAUGUGGUCACUGUGACAGGGACUGUGUAAGGAACUGAACAUUCCAGGACAUCUGCAGGCCGCCUGGGGGUCUGCAGGGUCUCCUGUAACUUGGGAGCAAAUUCUAGGAAAUCGACCAGCGGAGGGUUGAGCUGCUGAGCGCAGGGCAGCUUGGGAGUUCAGGGAAGCUUUUCACACUCGCUCCUGUGGGCCACACCCAGCCCUGCAGGACUGUCACCUGGCUGUGGACCUGCCCCAUGCUCCUGGGGACAGGGGUUUGGACAGACAGGGAAGGAGAGGCGGGGAUGGCUUCUGCCCCCUGGUGGCCGACUUAAGUGCAUUUUCUCUUCCCCUCCCCCACCCCUAUUUCUGUAUUGUGUGCUCACCUCAUGGUGAGGGGCAAGAGGCCCUUAUGUGAAGCCAGCUAGCGCUCUGCGUCCUUUGAAGUUCUUCUCCUCUACAGAGUAGAUUGACGUUGUGUGCAUAGGGGCAGCUCUUAGACCCCAACAGGAGACUGUGACAUGUCCCGUUGCCUGCUGCUCAAGGGUGAGUUUCCUGCCUCUGCUUCCCAGAGUUCAGGGUCCCUGGUCAUCAUGGCUGUGAGUUUGGUCUUUCCAUUCAUGACUUACCAUCUCUCUCCCCACACCCAUAUCCCUCCUCCUCAGUCCUGGAGAUAGGUUUCUUCUGAGAAGCCACAGCCUAAAGAGACCUGGGAGGCUGGACCAGGUGUACAGGGACAGAGGUGUAGGGACUCGGUGGACCUCUGAGUGCCACACCCCUUCCCCCAUUAAAAUGUCCCAGAUAGGGGAGAUACUGACCCACGGCCACUUUAUCCAGUACCUUUUACAACUUUGAAGGCAGCAGAAAACUGCCCCCCCCCCCCGCCCUGCUCUGUUUCACACACAGUAAAUAUAAUUUUAAAAAUGACUUUGACCAUCAGUACAACAUUAGCUAGCUCUCUGGUGUGGCCAUGAGGCCUGAUGUGUCAAAGCCUUGCCUGGAUGUUGUCCCUCCAAGCCCCAUGGGAAAGGAAUGCAAAGGCAGCAUCUUAAAAAUGAGAACCAGCCUCACUCCCCCAAGGCACAAUGCGGAAAAAGCCCAUCACUGCCUCAAAGACAGCAGACAACACCACAUUGCCAGCAGCUAGGGAAACUUCCUUUUUCUUUGCGAGUGUUGAGAUUGAAACUGGAGAGGUGCCCCCGAUGGCAAAAUACUUGCUACCCGCACACGAGCACAUGCAUUUGAUCCCCACCAUCUAAGUGUGGCCAUGCAGGGAGAUAGGGAGAUAGCAACAGGCCAUGCAGGGAGGUAGGGAGGUAGCAACAGGACGGUCCCUGGGCCUCACCUGCCAGCCAGAGUGUUCAUAUUUGUUGUCUCCAGGUUCAGUGUUGAUGAGAGACCCAGUCUCAAAACAAAUCGUGGAGAGCAAUUGUAAAAAAAAAAAAAAAAAAAAAAAGACCACCCCCCAUGUUGGACCCCUACUGCACGCACAAGAAAGGGAUGGUGAGGGUAGGCGUGGGGCUGAGGACUGCCUGUGUGGGAGACAAGAUGAGGAAGUACCCUCUGGCAGAGCCGAACUGUGUGGCAGCUGUAAGCUAAACCGGCAACUACACCUGGAAAGGCUUGUUCGCUCUUUUGCUGUAGCCCAGAGCUGUUGGGGUGGGGAGGGCCCUUUCUUGCUAACAGCAGGGUGAUUUCUCUGUACCUCCUCCUACCACCACCCCUCCUCAAGAACUUCCUCUUACCCUGAACUUUGACCUUCUAUCUGCUUAGGAGCUGACAGGACAAGAACAGAGGCUGUGGCUAAGGCAUGUGACUAAGAGGAAUCAGUUAGUACUCUGAGCAUGGGUAGAGGCCUCGCAGAAGUAAGGCUCUCCAAAGAACUGUCUGCGGCCCUGCCAGCCGGCAAGCACAGACAGGGUCUGGUCCCCUAGGAUCCAGAUCAGAAGUGGCUCUCGCUUUCACUUUCCAGAGUUAAUAAGGAAACAAUGUGUUAGAAAAUGAAGCUGCGUUAGCCCAGCGCUGCCUGCUUCCUGUUCGGGGCUUUGAUUCUGUCUCAAAGCAUCUCCUUCAACCUCCCGGAUGAUAAGAAGGAAUUCACACAUGUAAUCCUGGACCUCCAUCUUCCUUCUGCAGCAUGAUAGUGAUUGUAAAUAUGACGCGGUCCUUUUCUUCAACUGCGAGAAGCACAGUUUUAAAAAGCUGCUUGAUUUUUCAGUGGGAGCGGUCUGGGCUUAGCUGUGCCGAAGUGGGGAUUUGAAAGGAGGGGACCGUGUGCCCCACAGGCUGCGUUCCUACCCUGAUGUCCCCACCACCACCACCACCACCUGAGAUAAGAGGCCAGCACAGGCUAUUAGAGGUCAGGCUGUCUCCUGUCUUGUUGAGGAAGGCAGGGCCCCUGAAGGAGGCAGGGUGGCCAGAGCAGCUGAGGCCUUUGCUGUGCCCUGGGCAGCUCCUGGGUAGAGCCCCCAGCUCCUGUUACUUUAGACCUCACACUGUCUGUGAGGUGAAGGAAAAGGAAGUGGAUGUGUCGUCUCCAAGCCCUUUGCUUCCUUUCAGCCCUUGGGGGGAUCAUUAACCUGGGGCGGGGCAUCAGUCUGCAUUUGCACAGUUCUCGGGCGCCCAGUGACCACAGGCCGGCCUGACCUCUGCUUGCACUGGCUACUCCAUGAGCCUUUCUUCUGGGACAGAAGAGCACUGGAGUUUGAGUGGACAGGCACAAACCUAGGCUUUGGUGGUAUGCCCUCCAGAGGGCGCUGUAGCCCAGCGCCCCUUCUAUUGCUGCCAACUGGGGUGCCUUUUCCAGUCACCCACGCGGCUAGCUGCACUGAGAGGCCCAGGAAAGCAAGUCUGUCCAUGUGAGGGAUGGAUGCUGACCACAUGACCCAGCCGUGGAUGCUAAGAAAGGGCGUCCCCGACCCCUAGGGGCAGUUCUGGGAGGGCAGGGUCAGUGUGAGGUUACAAUAGAGCUGUGGUCUCUGUAGGGAGAGCAGUGAGCCAGGGAAGGCUUGAACCUGGUCCCCUGGUCUGAUGAAUGUCACUCCCCGACCCCCUGAGUGAUGUGGACGUGUCCUGGGGCAGAGGUGCAGCUGGCCAUGCAUGUGCCGGUCCUCAUGCUUUUCCACACUUUCUGUGACAGCUGUAGAUGGUGGCUGAAGGCAUCUGCAGGUUCCAGUCCUGUGGAACCAGAGAAGAGAGGUUUUGGCCUCCAGUUGCAUUCUCAGCAGCCACCAGCAGGGGGCGCAGUAGAGACAGCAGCAUCAGAGGCCCAGGCAGAUGCUGGCUGGUACCAGCCCAUUAAACAGCAGUCCUCCUGCCAGGAGAUUUGGUUGGAUGUUUUUUACUGUGCAAAUCUUUCUGUGAACGCUGUGUAACACCUCAAAGUAGGUGGGAGCUCAGUGUGUCCCCAGUCCUGCCUGACAUCCCAGGAAGCCAUUGCUUGGUCAGCAUGGCUAGAAUUGACAGUUUGUAAAUAUCCGUGCAUUUCACACUGUGUGUUUUCUGCUGGCUCUGGUUUAUUCUUGUUGCAGACAUUUUCCAUGCAAUGAUUAAUAUAAAAUAAUGUUUUAUAUGUCAUAUUUUCCCAUCCCUACACUCUGAUGGGUUUAAUUUGCUUAAAACCAGUAUUUAAUGAGUAAUGUUAAAUUUAAAAUUGAACAGUAUAUAAAACUUAUAUUCUUCGAAAUUUUUCUUUUUUUUUUCUUUUUCUUUUCUUUUCCUAUUUUUUUUUUCUUUUUGCCUGAUAUGGUGGUGUACGCCUGAUGUCUGGUACCAUAUAGGCUGAGGCAAGAGGAUAUUGACUUUAAAAUCACUCUAUGCCAUGUCGUAAGACUCUUUAAGCACAUACAAGGCUAUGCCUAAAUUGUUUUUCUUGUCUUUUAAAUUUUCUGGUAGAAUAAACACAAUUUCACGAUUGCCCACUACUGAGCCAGGCAGAGACUGUCCGCAGAGCCGGAGUCCUCUCCAUGUAUUACCUCCCUUGCCUGUGGCUUGGCUCCCCCGUGCCAGCAUCUCCUCAUUCCUUCCCUGGCUCACCGUCAGGCAGUUUCUGGUCUUUGUGCAAUAGGAUACACAUUCCAUGUGGAAAAUGUCUCCCUGAUGCCAUGGGAACCCCACCCUGCCCUGGUCAGCUCAGGCUGCCUCUGCCCCGGAGCUACAGAUGGGUGGAAACAGAGGAGAGAGCCUGCCACUCUGACUUCCAUGCAUGGAAGCUCCCAGAAGGCCUUGGGUAUGACCUUGGCCAUAGCUCACUGCCCAUCCUAUAGAGCCAGCAGGCCUGGUGAGAUGUUGGGUAAAACCAUGUCUGCAGCUUACGGACUGCCUUGCAGAGGUAGGCAGUCCCCCAUGCAGGCGGGUGGAGGUGCCUUCAACCUUAGUGUGACCUGGGCCUGUGCUCUGGAAGCCUUUGAGCUACACUGUCACAGAGGACCCGGUUCAUGCCUGAUGUGAGGAGGGUGUGUCCUGGAGGGUGACAGGACACAGUAGAGGAUGCAGAGGCUUAGCACAUCCUUCUCCCUCGUGUCCCACAGAGCAGGAAGGACCAAGUGAAGUUUCCUCAGAGCUCAGGCCUGAGUGAUUCCCACAAAACAGCCAAGACCAUUUUCAGGAUGAUGGGGGUGUGGUGUGUGAUGUCCUUCUUUUGUGAAUGGAGGUGAAUUCUUCAUGGACAAAGCUCUGGAAGGAUGAUAUGUGGGUGACGUCUCAAAUGCUCUUCGCUUCAUAGCUGCCCAUUCCUGGCACAGAGCCGGUCAGAAUGCCACCCAUGUGUUGCAAACCUGGACCAACUGGAGGAUGGGUUGCACCUGUGGGGCUGGCCUGACCCUGCUAGUCCUCCCCAGAGACCUCAGCGCUGUGGAGGCCCCUGGCCUUUAGAGCAAAGCACAGUUGGCCCUUCAGUCCCUGCUGUGCAGGAGGGGCGAGCUCUGGGCCCAGGUGGUUUCCUGCCCAAGUCCCCCAGCCCUCUGUACUGUCCCGUUAGCGUGUUUGCGGACGGGAGCACCUGUCAGCACUGUGUAUCUGUGUCUGUUUUGUGCUGGUCUGUUGUCUUCUAUGCCUACCCACAAAUAAAUAUUUUCAUUGCA